UCGCUGGCGAGAGGCAACGCGCGUUUUUCGACGCAUUUCGCGAAAUUCACUGGGUACUAGAUCGAGCGGGUUAGGAGGAGGGAGUUUUGGAGUAGGCGCGAUGCACCGCGAAAUCGAUCGGCGCGAAACUUCGUGGAUAGAUCAAGCAGCAUCUCAAAACAACCAACCGACACCAUCGUGGCGGGCACGUAAAACCGCCAAAACUGUGAUUCAUCCGACAGUUUGGUGAACGGUGUCGAGGUAUUGUGUGUUCUUAUUGGUUCGCGCUUGCCGUCGCCGGUAACAAACGAUUACGUCGAGCCGUUAUAGUCUCGAGAGGAUAUUUACAAAAGCUUCGCACCUAAUUUGUUUGUAUUAGCCACAGUUCGCGAUUUCGAGAUGAUAGUGAGGACCUUCGAAAGUUAGUUUCCGUCGAACUUUACAAGCGGAUAAUGUGCGGGCGAAAAUGACUGAAAAUGUUGGCGAGCGUUCGAUAAAAAAUGGGAAUUUCCAACGCCUCUCAUAGCGUUGAAAGAAAAAGGGAUGUCGCAUCGGACGAGCAUGAGAAGAAAAUGGAACAAGACAUGGACAUGGAGAAUAUCAAGUAUAUAGACGAGGUUACCGAAGAAAAUAACAAUCGAGAAGUGCAUAAAAUCGAGGAAACUGUAGUUGAUGGAGAAAUGGUAUUAGAGCCCAAGUUCGUCGACUAUGGCAGCAUUCAUCCGACAACAGAUUCGCACCAUCAACACAACGGAAUUUUGAGUCCGCGGUCCACCCUUUUGCCGCCUCUCGACGACGAAGACGCCACUCCCAACACCUCCAAUACCAACAAAAUGACCCAAGGUGAUUUGUACCAAAGACAACCUUUACUGCCCAAUCCGUCAAACGGCGACCAUUGGAAUCACCACAGCACCCGCAACUCGUGCGGCGGGGAGUACUACGCCGACGAGGACGAGGAUGACAUCAUGGAAAAAGGCACGCAGAAUGGCGAUAUUAAGAUUGAUAUUCCUGUGUCCAGGGAGGAACCCCGGUUUCCCCAGGAACGAUGCAAAACUCUCUUAGCCGGCGUGAUCAUGUGUUUCAACUUCAUCUUGACCCUAACCUCACUGAGCCUGGUCCACGACCGCGUGCCCGACCGCGAGGUCUACGGUCCCCUGCCGGACGUCUUUCUGGACAACGUCCCCGCCUACGAUUGGGCCCUCGACGUCUCCGAAUACAUCAUCAUUUUCUGCGUUAACUCGUGCAUGAUCGCGAUGAUCUUCCACAAGCAUCGGUUCAUAGUGUUUCGACGCAUAUUCCUCAUCAUGUCGCUGCUGUACAUGUACCGCGCGAUAACGAUGUACGUCACGGUGUUGUCGUUGUCGAGCAAGACGUAUCCGUGCUCGCCGAAAUCGAACGAGACGUCGCCGCUGAUGAUCGCGAAGCGGGUGCUUCAUCUGAUGAGCGGUUUCGGAUUGUCGGUCAACGGCAAGCACACAUUUUGCGGUGACUUUAUUUACAGCGGACACACAGUGAUAUUGGUGUUCAGCUAUCUGAUUAUAUCGGAAUACACACCGAAAAAAAUAUUUCUUCUACGAAUGGUCCACUGGCUGUACUGGAUCCUGGGAGUGAUCGGGGUGAUAAUGUUACAAUUGUCGCACGGCCACUACACAGUGGACGUCAUAAUAGCCUAUUACAUAACCACCAGAAUAUUCUGGACUUAUCAUACCCUGGCCAACAACUCUAACCUCAAACAAUUUUCCUCGAAUAAUUUGUUGAGCCGUUCGUGGUGGUUCGCACUGUUCCUUUACUUCGAAAGUAACGUCGGGGGGCCCAUACCCAGGCAAUUCGACUGGCCGCUUCCGUGGCCAAGAAGAUGGCAUUCGAAAAGCCGAGCCACUUAGUGCUAAUCUUUUACCACCGCGUAACAAAGACUUGAUUAAAUUUUUUAAUAUAUGUGAUAUAAAAAUAAAUGUUAGCGCCUUAAACCGAUUAAACUGAAAAUAAGUCGUGCUCUUUACGCGUAUUUAACUUGUAAUACAUUUUACAUAUAUAUUAUAUAGGGAACGAGAGGUUAAUACUGCGUUGCUUGUUAUUUUUUUAUCUUGGAAUUUUCCGAAUUUCGAGAAGUUUUUUAUACUGAUAUAAUAUUUUUACUACCCAAAAUAGAGAGACGAACGUGUAGUUUGGCGUUUAAGUUUUCUACGUGUAGACGUCUUUUGUAGUAGAAUGAAAACAAAUCUUCGAAAAAAAAAACAUGCGAAACUUUUUCCGUAAAAAUAAAAAAAAAACGCAUUAGGGAAGGAAUUUCAUUGUUACGCACAUGUGGGCAGAGCCUUCAAAUGGAACUGUCAAAAGAAGAACAAUUUAAAGGUGAUGUAUAACUAAUGAAAUGGCGCGAUCUAUCAUGUGUUCAUUCGCUGUCAAAAUUUGUGUCGACUCACUCACAUUCAACAUAUUUACUAGUCAUCUAGCUAUUAGAUAAUAUAGGGGCCAUACAACUGAUGCACCUCAGGUACAUCUUCCCAUUGUCUUACAAAAGGGAACGAACUUGCCGCGCAUGCGCCAAAAUUUCACACAUUAACCUGCACUCUGCGCCAUUUUCUUUCUAAACAACGAUGGCCACACACUUAACUCGUUUUCUUCCGGCAACUUUAUUGUGAUCUGAGAAUACUGAAAACGGCCAUGCUGUUUGUUGAACGCGGCAAGCUCCUUUCUCAACAUUUUUUGCUGUUGGCUUCAAGAGUGCCGGAAUAUAUCUAGUAUCUAUAUGUUAAUCCCAUUGCCCAAUGCUCGAGGAUCAAAGACUUUAUGUUGUAGCACAUGUUUUUUUUUUAUUAAUAAAUAUCUUAAACCUUAGUUAGACUCAAACUUUGGUAUCAAAUUAUGUUUUGAAUCACUUGAAAGUGGUACUGGUGAGUUUAGUGUCGCAUAGUACCACAAAUGAGGGAGUCGACCUCAAUUCGCGGAGACAUUGCUUGCGAUCCUGCCUCGAAACCGUGUUAUUUAUAUAUUUUGGAAUCUCUUCUAAGUUUUUCUUGGCACUACGAAAAUAAAUAAUAAAAACAAUAUUUUUCUACGUCAUGUAGGCGCAAAAUAUUUCGCUCUUUGUACUAAAAGUUUUUGUAAUAACUGUGUAUAUCCUUAGACGUAAGUAGAUGUAAAAUGGCUUGCCUAUAUUUAUUUUUCUCUUGUAAAUAUUUAACUAAUCCUCAAUAUAUUUGUGAACGUCAUUUCUUCGGGAACAAGUUGUUUUUCGUAUAGCGAUUAAGGAUAAAUAAUCGGCUCUGGACGGUGAAUUUUUUUACAUAUUCGUGUUAUCGAUCGGUGUUAAAUUUUAAUUUGUUAUUGCAUUAAACGGGAUGCCAGUCAUUGUCUUUUUAAAUGUUUGAUGAGACUGCAAGAGCACGCGUGCGAACGCCUGAGCAAGUAACAUUUCCAAUCAAUUACUGCAAAUGGUGCAGUGAAAGCUCGAUUAUCCCUGACAAUCACGAGUGUGCCAUAACCAGACAAUCGUAACUUACACGGGCAAAUGUAAGCUGGGAUAAUCAAGGUUGAACUGUUGGCGAGGCAUGAACCGCAUAAACUGUUAAUUUGAAAGGUUGAUUAUUCCAGAAACGGUAGCAAGAGGGGGAAGUGUGAUUAUUUGUAGUUAUCUAUGGUAGAUAUUUAUGAAUGUUAAUUUCAUAUUGUUAAAAUACAGAAAUAUUUUUCUUUU